AUGCGCGCCAAGCUCGCCGUGCUCGCCACCGGCGCCCCUCCGCCACCACGGCCGCCCCACCCCUCGCGGCACCAGCGGCACAUCCCGCGCCGUCGGUCUUUCAAGCCACCCCAUUCUCUGCUCGACGGCGGACAGCCGUCGCCCCCGGUCCCCGCUUCGAGGAGGCGCGCCUGGCCGGCCGUCUCGGCAGCGCUCUUCGGUGAGGGGUUCCUCCUAGGCCCGCUCCUCGACGGAAUCCACUCCCGCGUCGGCCUCCAGGUGUACGGAAACGGCGCCCUCGACGCCGGCCCUCUUCACACCCACAUCCUGGUGCCGCCCCUGCUCGGCGCGUUCUACCUCACCGUCGGCCUUCUCCACCUGUUCUUGGACCAGAGGGCGCCCCCAAGAUCCAAGGCCACCGGGACCGCGCGGAAGACGGCGACGUCGCUACUUGUUCUUGCUCUGUUCAUCGAGCUGAGCGCGGAGCUGUACAGAGCAGGGGUGUCCAACAACUUGGAGGCCUACAUCCUGUUCGCCGCCGCCGAGUUCGUGUGGGUGUUCCUCGAUGGCUCCUGGCUGGGCUUCGCCAUCGCCUGUCUCGUCGGCACAGUCUGCCCACUCGCCGAGAUCCCAUUGAUCAAAUUACUUGGGUGCUGGAGCUAUCCGAACGCCGACGUCCACCUGCUCGGCGAGGGGCUGGUGAGCUGGACGACGACGUGCUACUUCGUCUACACCCCGUUCCUGGCGAACCUGGCGAGGUGGCUCGAUUCACGGCUGGCAACCAACGACGGCAGCGCGCAGGGAGAGACGACGAAGCAGCUCGGUCUUGACACCGGGAUCAGCAGCACGCUCAUGACCUGCUCCGUUCACCUGCACUGCAUGAUUCCAGACUGA